AUGGUUCUUCUUAAGAGCUUCGUGCUCGUCACUCUCGCGGCCGCGGCCGCGGCUAAGUCGGCCGUCCUCGAUCUUAUCCCUUCCAAUUUUGACAAGGUUGUGCUGAAGUCCGGCAAGCCGACUCUUGUCGAGUUCUUCGCUCCCUGGUGCGGGCAUUGCAAAAACCUGGCUCCCACAUACGAGGAGCUCGGCCUUGCUUUCGAGCACGCCAAGGACAAGGUGCAAAUCGCUAAGAUUGACGCCGAUGAGCACCGAGAUCUGGGCAAGAAGUAUGGUGUUCAGGGCUUCCCAACACUCAAGUGGUUUGAUGGGAAGAGCGACAAGCCCCAAGAAUACAGCGGAGGUCGCGAUUUCGACAGCCUAGCCAACUUCAUCACGGAGAAGACUGGUAUCCGGCCGAGGAAGAAGCUCGCGCCACCGAGCAACGUGGUUAUGCUCACAGAUGCGACCUUCAAGAAGCAUAUUGGUGGCGACAAGCACGUCCUAGUGGCCUUCACUGCCCCCUGGUGUGGACACUGCAAGAACCUCGCCCCGACUUGGGAGGCCCUGGCCAACAACUUUGCUAACGAGCCCGAUGUCGUGAUUGCCAAGGUUGAUGCGACCCACGAGGGCAGCAAGGGUACGGCGUCCGAAUAUGACAUUCGUGGCUAUCCGACUAUCAAGUUCUUCCCCAAAGGAAGCACUACGCCCAUUGACUACACUGGCUCUCGCUCGGAGGAAGCCUUUGUGAAAUUCCUGAACGAGAAUGCUGGGACCCACCGCGCUGCUGGCGGCGGUGUUGACUCAACGGCUGGUACCGUCACUGCUCUUGAUGCUAUUGUUGCAAAAUACGUUAACGGAGAACUAUCCCUGAGCGAGGCGACUGAGGCGGCCAAAAAGACAGCUGAGGAGGUUAAGGAUGACAAGGCUGCCAAGUAUGCUCCGUAUUAUGUGCGCGUCUUUGAGAAGCUCGGCGGGAAGCCCGAGUAUGCGAGCAAGGAACUUGCGCGCCUAGAGGGUAUUGUCAAGAAGGGUGGUCUCGCCCCUGCCAAGCAGGAUGAACUGCAGAGCAAGACCAACAUCUUGAGGAAGUUCCUGGAGAAGCCGGAGGAGAAGGGUGAGGAAAAGGAAGAGCUCUAG